GAGAGAGAGGAGGGGGCGAGAGAGCGACCAGAUGAGCCUCACUGAACAGCAGCAGGGUCCUGUUUCAAAAACGCACGCACGCACACACUCCUACACACACAUGCAAACCAGCAUCGGUCCGAGCCGCCGGUGGCUGCCCCUCACCGCUUCGCCCAGGCGCGAAGCCCGCCGGGAGACGACGAGCAGGAGAAGCCCCCCGCCGACAGGAGAGAAAGCAAGAGGAAGCUUGGGGGCUUCUUUUGGAAAGCGCUAGAGGAGAGAGAGCGAUCGAGAGAGCUGCUCCGAGAGAACAACAUCACAGCAUCGCAGCAGCUUGCAGAUGUGGAAGGAGCGCCGCUCAAGUUCCCGUCCUGGGUGUUUGGCCCAGUGAUUGUAGCUCAGAGGAGGAGGAGGCGGAAGAAGGGGUGCCAUGGGGGUCAUCCUCAGACAGGAUGUGAGUUGGCUCCUGCCGUUCUUCAUCCUGCUGGUGAUGCGCCAUGUAUGGCCUGCCCGGGGACAAGCAUGUCCUCAACGCUGCGAGUGCGUGGCCAAACUCAAGACUGUCUCCUGCCACGGUAAGCGACUGUCUGCCCUGCCGGAUGGAAUCCCGGUGGACACCAAGAUCGUGGACCUGAGUGCAAAUAAGCUGCGUUGGGUGGAGCGAGGCGACCUGCUGUCCUUUCCCAACGUGGAGAAGCUGGAUCUCAGUGAGAAUAUGAUCAGCGUCCUGGAACCGAAUGCCUUUUCGAGUCUCCAGAACCUACAGUCGCUUUCUCUGAGGGGGAACCAACUGAAACUGAUCCCCAUAGGGGCUUUCUCACACCUUUCAAAUCUCACCUCUCUGGACCUAAGUGGGAAUAAACUUGUGAUUCUUUUGGAUUUUACUUUCCAAGAUCUAAAGAAUCUGAGGAACCUGGAAGUUGGAGACAAUGAUCUGGUCUAUAUCUCCAACAAGGCCUUUUUGGGUCUGGUGACACUGAGAGAGUUGACCAUCGAGAGGUGCAACUUGACUUCUGUUUCCAGUCAGUCUUUGUCGUACCUUCACAACUUGGUCACCCUGCGGCUUCGCUACCUCGGCAUCUCCACCUUAGAGGACCAGAACUUCCGUAAGCUGGGAAACCUGAGGGGCCUGGAGAUUGAUCACUGGCCCUUUUUAGAGUACAUCACCCCCCAUAGCCUCCAGGGUCUCAACUUGUCAUGGCUGUCCAUCACUCACACCAACAUCACCUCCGUGCCCACAUCGGCCCUACGAAGUCUCUCCCACCUAACCACCCUCAACUUAUCCUUCAACCCUAUUUCGGUUCUGGAGUCUUGGUCGCUUCGAGACCUGCUCCGGUUGAAGGAGCUGCAUCUGGUCAACACCAGGAUGAUAACAGUUCAGCCGUACGCCCUGGGCGGUCUCCGACAAAUCCGCUUGCUGAACCUCUCCGCUAACAACUUGGUGACUUUGGAGGAAGGAGCCUUCCAGUCGGUCAACACUCUGGAGACCCUCCGAUUGGACGGCAACCCUCUGGCCUGCGACUGCCGCUUGCUUUGGAUCCUUCAGCGCAGGAAGACACUGAAUUUUGACAACGCCUCCCCGGUGUGUAUGACGCCCUUGGAGGUGCAGGGCCGGGCUUUGGGCGCUUUCUCCGACUCCGCUCUUUUUGAGCAUUUCACCUGCCAGAAGCCCAAAAUCCGAAACAGGAAAUUGCAGCAGAUCUCCGCUCGCGAGGGGCAGGUGGUGUCCUUCGUUUGCAGGGCGGACGGCGAGCCCACGCCGGUGAUCUUCUGGAUAUCUCCGCAGCGGCGUCGAAUCACUACAAAGAGCAGCGGCCGCUUGACGGUGUUAAAGGAAGGCACCUUGGAAAUAAGGUACGCCCAGGUGAUGGACACCGGAACCUACAUCUGCAUUGCGAGCAACGCUGGAGGGAACGACACGUACUUUGCAACACUCACAGUCAGCGGGCUGCCGCUCGAUGCCGCCCUCAUGGCUAAUCGUACCUACUACGCCGGGGAUCUUAACGACACGAACCUGAACGACACCAAAGUUUUCCUCAAGUUCACUCUAGACCUGAAGACCAUCCUGAUCUCCACAGCGAUGGGCUGCAUCAUGUUCCUGGGGGUUGUCCUCUUCUGCUUCAUCCUGCUCUUUGUGUGGAGUCGCGGGAGAGGACAGCACAAAAAUAAUUUCUCCGUUGAAUACUCUUUCCGAAAGGUGGACGGGCCAGCCACCACCGGAGGGCAGGGCGGUGCCCGCAAGUUCAACAUGAAGAUGAUUUGAUCUUCCUGGAGAGCAUUUACUUUUUUUUUUUUUUUAUUGCUACUUUGCUCAUCCCCGACAGCAAU